AUGGGUUCCCCGUCGGAAGACUCCUUCACUGAUAUUUACCGAAGAUUUUUUUCACCCGAAGAAGACGCGGAGGAGGAAGAAGCGGUUACGAGUGCAUCCGGGUGUUUUAACGAUAUUAAUACGUUAGAGGCUUCACCAUUAUUAGAGAGCUACAUUUCUGGAACUAUACCAAAGGCAGGUUUUCAUGCGAACGGGAACGACUACGAGCAUGGCUACUAUUUGGGCGAUGGUAUAUACCCGGAGUAUUCGAUUAUUGUUAAAACGUUUUCUGAAACGUUCGAUGAGAAAAGAAAAAAUCCUUGUCGCAUGUGGCAUAAGGAUAGAAUACGAAUGACCAUGUAUGCUUGCAUCAUUUUGCAUAAUAUGAUCAUUGAGGAUGAUGGAAGAGCGAUAUGUCAAAAUUAUAUUCCGGAAGAUUUAGUCGAAGGAACCCAAGCAACAAUGGAAGAGAGACUCGCAAAUGCUCAACUAUUGCGAUCUAAGGAAAUACAUAACACGUUGAAGGCGGAUUUAGUUGAGCAUGCUUGGGCGAUUCGCCCAAUUCGAUACAACAGUGACGACGAAGAAGAUUCCGAGUAA